AUGGAAAUAGAAGCUCUUUUGAUAAAGACUGAGAAAGAGCCUUUCUCUCAAAGUCAUUACUCAGUCAGACUGGUUAGUGGGUCUAACCUGUGCUCAGGUAGACUGGAGGUGAACUUGAACCAGUCCUGGUCCUCAGUGUGUCAAGCUGACUUUGACCAGCAGGAUGCAGAGGUGGUCUGCAGGGAGCUGGACUGUGG